AUGUGGAAGGAGGCUGCUUUUGUGCCUGUCCGGCUUAAAAUUGCUGAGCUGGAGGGCAAAUUGAGGCAUUAUCCAGACACUGAACGGGCAGUGGAAAUUCUGACCAGAUACCAAAGCACCCUGCAGUCCCCAGAGGAGCAGGAGCUGAAGGCCUCCAUUGGAAAAGUCUCACACAUCUUCCAAAGUGAACUCUUCCAGGCUCUGCUGGAUAUCCAUGAAUUCUACGAUUUCACACUGCGCUCUGCACCCCUGCAGCCUCCCAGCCCAGAUGCAUGUUGUGGCACAGCCAGGCAGCAGCAUGGGGCCAGUGAGCCCAGCUCCGUGGCCACACCCAGAGAGCCCCAAAACCUACCUGAGAAUCCAUCCUGGGAUGGUGAGCGGACACUUUCUGCAGGGGCUGGGGACAGCACACCAGGGACACCGCCACGGCUGGUGAGGGUGACAGCACGGAGGACGGAGGCACCGGCCAGCGUCUGCAGCCUGGUGCUUGGCUCUCGCAGCGCCCUGCCCCAGGCCAACCCUGCUCCCAUUAUCGUGAACACAGACUCGCUGGAACAAGGGCUCUCUGUGAAUGGCAGCGAUGGGAUGUUCAAAUACGAGGAGAUCGUCUUGGAAAGGGGUAACUCCGGCCUUGGCUUCAGCAUAGCAGGAGGAAUUGACAACCCCCACAUUCCAGAUGACCCGGGUAUCUUCAUCACCAAAAUCAUCCCCGGGGGAGCGGCAGCCAUGGAUGGCCGUCUAGGGGUGAACGACUGCGUGCUACGGGUGAACGACGUGGACGUCUCCGAGGUGGUGCACAGCAAAGCUGUGGAGGCCCUGAAGGAAGCGGGCCCCGUGGUGCGGCUUGUGGUGCGCCGCCGGCAGCCCCCGCCAGAGACCAUCAUGGAGGUCAACCUGAUGAAGGGCCCCAAAGGCCUGGGGUUCAGCAUCGCAGGGGGCAUCGGGAACCAGCACAUCCCUGGGGACAACAGCAUCUACAUCACCAAGAUCAUCGAGGGAGGUGCUGCCCAGAAGGACGGACGCCUGCAGAUCGGGGACCGGCUGCUCGCAGUGAAUAACACGAACCUGCAGGACGUGCGGCACGAGGAGGCAGUGGCCGCCCUGAAGAACACCUCUGACAUGGUGUACCUGAAAGUGGCCAAGCCCGGCAACAUCCACCUCAACGACAUGUACGCGCCCCCCGACUACGCCAGCACCUUCUCAGCCUUGGCUGACAACCACAUAAGCCAUAACUCCAGUUUGGGCUACCUGGGCAGCGUUGAGAACAAGCCUGCCUACCCAGUCCCUCCCCAGGUGACUCCAUCCCGGUACUCACCCAUCCCUCGGCACAUGAUCGGGGACGAUGACUUCACCAGGUGAGUACCAGGCAUAA